UUGCGACUUUGCAAGUCGACUGUUUAACCUUCACCGGGUGGUGACGGCUGUACGAUUUUUCAUUCGUGAUCGUUGGGCGACAACCGAAAUCGCUGUUUUUCUGGUCCAUCCAGUCCGUUUUACAGCAUCGUUCAAGAUGGCAAUCGGUGACUAUCCGGCCGAGUAUAAUCCAAAAGUCCAUGGACCGUACGAUCCUGCUCGUUACUACGGAACACCCGAUACACCUUUCAGCCAAUUAAAACUCGGAGAGGUCACUGAAUGGGUGGGACGUCGUAACAAAUCACCAAAAGCAAUUGCUGGAUUAUUUUCGCGUGCCUAUUGGCGUUGGUCACAUAAAUAUGUUCAACCAAAACGUACAACAGUUGCUCCAUUAAUCCAUAUUCUUGCUGGUUCAAUGUUGUUCUUCUACACUAUUAACUAUGGCAAAUUUGUGCAUCAUAGAAACUACAAGUACCAUUAAUAUUGUUAAACAUUUAACAGCAGAAUUUAUAUUAUUAGAUUAAUAAAAAUGGUUUAAAACACUUAUACAAUAAAAUAAAAAUACAUGUAUUUCAAAAAACAUAAUAUCUUUUUUUUUUAGUUAGUAUCAAUUUGUAAUAUUUAUAGACAUUAAAAAAUUAUACUU